ACAUUUCAACAUGGCGUCGCUCUGCAAGGUGAUGCUCAACGUGAGUUCCAGAUCAUCUUUACUUCCAAAACAAUGUGUUUUCGCCACAGUCAGAUCCCUGUACAGCUCAGACGCGAGCGGAGGAGAUGAUAAACCCCCCGAGCGGCCGAAGAGCGGUUUCGCUGCCGCUUAUAAUCUGCACUCGGACCUCCAGCACAUCGGCGAACGGCGCAUGAUGAGCCCCAAGGAGGAGAAAUCUUUCCAGGCUCUGCUGCGUCAGUCCGCGCUCCUACAGAUGGGUCCCGCUAAAGACAAGAUCGCUAUCGGGAAGAUCUUCCAUAUAGUCAACGAUGACCUCUAUGUGGAUUUCGGAGGGAAGUUUCACUGUGUUUGUAAGAGGCCUGCUGUGGACGGGGAGAAGUACCAGCGGGGCAUCAGGGUGAGACUCAGGCUGGAGGAUCUGGAACUCACAUCGCGCUUUCUGGGAGCGACGACUGACACCACACUGCUGGAGGCUGAGGGGACUCUACUGGGGCUGCUGGAGGGCAAGACGAAGGAAUAGACAAUAAAAGACUGAACAUUUUGUGUGUGUUAGAGAGAAUGACUGAAUGGAUGGACUCUGUUGUGUACGAGAUAUAAAGAUUUAUAUGCCAACCUUCACAGAA